AUGGAUGUUCGUCUCCGACCACUGCACACCACCCAUAGCCGUCAGGAAAUCUACAGAAGCGAUGACACCGACGUGUCCUUACUUAUUCUUCCCUACCGUAGCUCUACAAUGCCAGAUAACUUGUCUAUGCGACUAAAAGGUUCCAUGGCUCUUCCAACCAAUGGCUGGCUCAAGCGUAGUCCCAGUGGCCCGACGCCACAAAAUUCGCGACUGCGUUGCUCUCGUCGAAUCGACCAUGAAAAACGCAAGAUUCGACCGGGCUCGAUGGCUCCUGAGGUGAAAUUCAUCGACAAAUGCCUGCCUCCACCGCUGCCACCUAAAAGAACCACUUCCACAUCUCCAGUUGAACCCACAAAAGCGGAGGAGGUGCCGGCUGUGUUGACACCGUUGGGAGACGAGACGAGUGAAGAGGCAUCGCGCGGUGAAGUAGACGUCCACUGCGCCCUGGAGAAGAUAACGCAGCGACUGGACCAGCUGCAGGUUGAGCGAAGUCCCGUUCUCGGACACUAUUCGGUCCUGUAUAGACUAGACGGUGUUGGGGAAAUGCGAUCCGCCCGACCACCAGCCCAGCCUCCCCAACUCCGACCACCUCCCCACAGACCGCAUCGCUAUGCCUACACAAAUCUUGUUGGCUGA